GUAUUUAAUCUUACAUUAUUUAAAUAUUUAUGCUUUAUAUUAUUUUUAUUUUUCAGAUUUGGAGGAAAUGAAUCCAAACAGAUUUUUGAAUGUUCAGUCCUAGAAAACACUAUACAACAAAUCUCUUAGUACAAUGUAAAACAAAUAAUCUAAUAAACUAUUUCACUCCACGCACGACACGAAUCCCUAGUAUCUAAUAUUUCUUAAAAAUAAUAUAUGUUUAUAGUCCAAGUAUAGUUAUAAAUAUAGAGUAGCAACUAUUUGCUUGACUUAGCAUUUAAGAAUAUAUGUUUCUUAUCAUGAAUUGCAGCAAAACAUUAAGCAAAAUUGUCUUUUUCCUUUGAACUUUCAUUAUUUAAUUAAUAUUUGUUUUGAAUUCAAUGUCAAGUGUCAACUUAACUCCAAAAGAAUCCUGUCAGAAUGGAGUGAAAAUUACGUGUAAUAGUCAAAACAUCAAAUAAAACUGUAACAAAACUAACUCAGAAAAUGUUCACUUUCAAUUUAUUUGUAACCGCUACUUAAAACUACCACAAAGCAUAAAAUCUAUGGUUAGAUAAGAUAACUAGAUAUUUGCAUUCAUUGGCUCAAAAUAACCUUUUUACUUAAAUGCCACUUUCAUACGUGUGUAGAACGAGUAGGGUGACCUUAUAUCUACCAGUGAAUUUUACAUUCUUCUCCAUCACAAACCAGUCAUGUCACCUCCAACACUAGACCAACUACACACUUACCAUGCCCAAGAAAGGGUGAUAUUCUCUAAACUGGUCCUACAAUUUUCAAGAUCACCAUCUGAAUCACUCCUUGUCAUGGCUACAUGGUUUUGGCUUGAAAACUUUGGUUUUGAAGACAUUUUAGCAAUCAUCUUUGCUCUUCCAGAUCGAAUCAUUGCAUCUUUUGCUAACGAAGCUGUCUCCUGCUUCCGAUGCAUCGAGUCCUCUGAUCCCCCAAAUGGCUUCGACCAAAUCCCUCUCACUUCACAAUAUUUGCAAAAUCACAUCUCACUUCCCAUGAUUUACAAACAUCGAUACACCGCCAUUGCUGGUAUCAAAACCUUUCUAAACACCAUUUGUUCUAGAAUCUUUUCAGACAUCCUUGCACAAGUUAUUCCAUAUUCUUCGCCACCAUAUUUCGUCCCCCGAUUCCACCCAUCUCUGAUCAUACCUGGCUUCCCGCAUCCGACUUUCGGAAACAUCAAUGUCAUGCGACCUGAUCUAGUUGAUGGGGUUAACACCUUUAACAACAACAACUUGUUCCUCUUCCCAAAGGGUCUUUGGGAGUGGAACGAUCACUCCAUGGAAAGUGAGAAUGAUCGAACCAUGUUUAUAACGUUUUCUCGUGGCUUCCAUGUGUCGCAGGCCGAAGUUAAGGAGCUUUUCACCAACAUAUUUGGAGAAAAGUGUGUGGUAGGUGUUUACAUGCGAGAAGACUGCAUAAGUUCACCUAACAUAGUUGCGUGUAACAAUGAUCAGCAACAAUCACUAUUUGCUAAGUUAGUUUUGGACUCGGUGGUUACGGUGGAUCGUAUACUAGAAGGUGAGAAGCUCCAAAAGUUUCGGAUCAAUGGUAAACACAUUUGGGCUCGUAAAUACAACGAGAAGAAGGACGGACGUACUUGCUUCACCUAAAAGUCGAAAGAAAAUCUAAUUUUUCUUUUGUUCAUCUUUAUCUUUAUGUUAUAAUUUAAUAAUAAGAAAACAUAUGUAAUGCCUUAUGCCUUGCUCUUUAAUUUUGGACUUUUUCAUCAUGAAU